AUGUUCUAUCUCCAUUUCCUCUCUGUGCCUAUGCCCUACCUCAUCAGGAAGGACAUAGCCUCGCAGUUUGAAGUAAUAUACAGUGGACCGAAACUCGAGCUUUCUCUCCCAGUCCUCCUCCUGAAGACAAAUGUGACCUCCUACCUCACUUCGACCUUCGACUUUUGGGAUGCGAGCAUGUCUCCUGGCACAUUGGCGAUCACCACCGCAUAUAUUGCUCUUUUCCUCGCCACCAUCACACAGCUGUUCUGCGUCUCUGGUGUUCGCCAGCUCUCCGCACGCAUUUCAUUGCUUACGGUCACACUGGCAUGGGACGUGUACCGACGGGCAUGA